AUGGAGUCCGAACAACACUACGAUGGAGCUGGGGUGUCUCCAAUCUCUCCAGUCUCUCCAAUCGAAAAGAACAAUGAGACAUUGGCCCACGAUUCAAUGGUCACAGUCCGUCUAUCCGAACCAGCACCAUGUCCGGCUUUGACCGUUGAUACCAACCUACAAGAAACCACAAAGCUAGAAUCUGCCAUCAGAGAAGAAGACACCGAGAUCGAAGAGGAUACAACGAGCGUGCAGACGCCCGAUAUAACGCUGGACGAUGUGCAGGAAGAACAGGAGGAAAAAGAAGAAUCGCCCAGGAUCACCAUGAUGGAUCCCAAUGGUAACGAAGUCGAGAGCCCAAUAGAACCAGACUCCGAAGGGCAAUCAAGACGGGGAAGUGACAGCACAGAGGCUUCAGAACCAGAAGAAGUCAAUUGGGAAGAGCUGGAGAAGACAGAAGAAAAUGAGCCUCGAAAUGAGUCUUCAGACGAUUCUACUGCCCUAUUACUGGCCAGACUAGAACAGGAAAAUAACAUGCUUGCAACGAAUCCGAAAUCCGGCAUUGCGAAGGUCAAAGUGACGGAGACACUGGGAAGAAGGCAGUCGAGACCCCCAUCUAUGCAACACCUGAAAAGACUGGUGAACGGCCCAACUCCUCCCGCGCUGAGGUACUCGAUGGUUGCUGCCCCUCCUAUGACCGAUCUCGAAUUCUACGCAGCGCUUGUGCAAGAUUACACCAGAACGGCACAAUACCUGCCCACAUUGUUAUCGAAGAAAAUAAGAAGUGGUGUUCCGCCACCAUUGAGGGGUGUGGUUUGGCAGAGUAUGUCUGGUGCAAGAGAUAGGUUGCUAGAGGAUCAAUUCGACCGGCUCUGCGGGGAAUCGAGUCCAUACGAGGGGAUAAUUGGGAAGGAUCUAGGCCGAAGCUUCCCAGGUGUUGAGAUGUUCCGCGAUCCAGAAGGAGAUGGACAGCAAAUGCUCGGGCGGGUGCUGAAAUGCUUCAGUCUAUACGAUCACAAAAUCGGGUACUGCCAGGGACUGGGCUUUCUUGUUGGCCCAUUGCUUAUGCAUAUGGGCGACAAACAAGCCUUCUGUGUUCUUGUCCGAUUGAUGGAACAUUAUGAUCUACGAAACUGCUUCCUCCCUGAUCUGUCUGGGCUUCAUGUUCGAAUCCACCAAUUCAGCGAGCUCCUGAAGCAACAUCUCCCGACCCUCUCUGCGCAUUUGGCUGAACUUCAAAUCGAGCCCGGAUAUGUUUCACAAUGGUUCCUUUCCUUUUUCGCCGUUACCUGCCCACUACCAAUGCUAUUUCGGAUAUACGAUGUGAUCUUCGCAGAAGGCGCUUCAGAAACAAUAAUGAGGGUAGCUCUUUCGUUGAUGCGGAAAAACGAACAGAAAAUACUGGCUUGUAGUGAAUUUGAAGAUGUCAUGCAACUAUUGCUUUCAAGAGGGUUAUGGGACGUAUAUCACUACAACGCGGACGAGUUUGUGAAUGACUUUGUCAGCUUAACGGGUGUAGUCACACACGAUAGCCUUCAAGCGUUGGAGCAAAGUUUCAAAGCUGGCACAGUCGACACUACAAUUCCGACAGACAACAUUGGCACGGCAGCAGCACGCUUCUUGGGACGAUUAUGGGCUGGCUCAAAUUCAUCGACAAAGUCUGCCAAUUUGAGUCCGGGACUUGCGGCACCAUCACGGCCGAGAAGCUUUUUACGGCGGUCACCUUCAAAACAAAGCCUUGCAUCUACAUUGAAUUCGAUGGAAGGUGGUGCGUCAGAUAGUAUGAUGAGCGCUUCAACCGACGCUACCUCGAUUUCUCGCGAUUCAUCAAACGCUGAUAGCUCCUCAAUCAAAACGCAAUCUGUGCUGAUAAAUGCUUCAAAACAGAACAAGGAAAAAGAUUUGCAUGGGCAGAUUGAGGAUCUGUUAACCGCUCUUAGUGAGAUGCAGAGAGAUCACUCGAUUCUUGCUAAUCAGCUACAACGAGAACGCGAGGAGCGCGAGGAGGAUCGACAAGCAGUCAAAUCGCUGCUUGAUGGAUUGAGGAAGAAGACAAGCUGCGAGACUGUGAAUACCUCUGAUAGUGGCGAAAGUCUCGAGACAGUCAAGCCUGUUGAGGUUGAGGUCGAAAUUGAGAACGUGGCCUUGGAUGACGAAGACGACGAUACUCUCCCUACCGAGUCGCCAAACCCCGAUGAAACCUCCGCAGAAGACGCUUCAGAAGACCCCGAAUAUUUAGCUGACCAACUGUACGGUAACGACCUGUCAGCUUUGCUUGAUGUUGUGGAGGAGCGGUUUUCAGCACCAGUGAACAACCGCCGAUCGUCAAUGAUGCAGUCUAAAUCACAACUCCGGGAAGAGCUGGUGCGAUCAAAGGAGCAGCUCAUUAUUGAGGUCUCUAAAACACAGGACCUCAGCAGGCGCUUGUCGGAACAACACCAGGAGGUUUCUAACCUCCAGGACCAACUUAGGGAGAGCCACCAUCAUAUCCGGAAUGCUCAUUCAGAGAAGCAGCGGCUAGAAAAACAGAUACAUAGUAUUCGUGCUAGACAAAGCGUCAUUUCGUCAACUCCAGACGGCAGCAAGGAAGCCGAGAGCGAGUGGCCACAGAGUGCUUCUAAUGGAGGAGGUCUUCGCCAACUCAAACUUGGCCGUACCAGCUCCGUGAAAACCCAAACCUUCAACAAGCGUACCUCUAGUCUUGUCAACAACCCCGCUGUCAUUGCUAAAGAAAUUGAGAACCACAGCCUCGCCCAAAACAUACCGGUCGAGACCGCUCCAGUGAAGCCGGAUGUUGAUGUUGAUAUCAUUAUUCUUGAGCUUGUACAAGCCAAGACUGCGGAAGCUAUCGCGAGGCAGGAGGCGGAGGAAUACAAAGCUAAGCUAGAGAGUUUGAAAAAACUGCUCGGUAUGGGAAGCGGCGAUUCUCCGGGCAUUGCGGUUCAUCGGCCUAGUCCUAGCGUCGCGAGUGUUGAUCGCAGUGUGACGAGUUUAGGUGGGUAUAUGAAUAAGCCGACGCCAAAGGUGGAGGCUGCGCCUGCAAGCACAAACGCAACAACUGGGGGCUUUUGGGGAGGGUGGGGAAAGAGAACUGUUAGCAGUAGCGGGGAGAAACCUGCUGUAUAA